AUGGCACGGGAGAUUUCUGUGCGACAGCUGUCUGGGAAAGCUGACCCGUUUCACUUGUCGACUGACAUGACUUUGCGUGAGUUCAAAAGGCAGCUGCACGAGUGGCUGCCCUGCGAAGAUGAAUCAAAGCGCAACAUGAGCUCAGUGGAGGUGGUUGUUGGAGACAGGCCCCUAUUGAACAAAGAGCAGCUAGUGUCAGAGGCCAUUCCAGGUACAGAAGUCCUGGCUUUCCUCAGCAUCCAGCCGGUAGCGUGCGCAAGCUUCAAAGCCUCCGGCUGCGAGGUGGAAGACUUUUUGGUGCUGGAAAUUCCCGGAGACGUGGCUGUGAUAGGAUAUCGUGCUUUUGAAGGCUGCAGCAUGUUGGCGAGCGUGACCAUUCCCAACUCCGUGACUGGGACGGGAGAUGGUGCAUUUGAAGGUUGCAGCUUAUUGGCAAGCGUGACCAUGCCCGACAGCAUGACUGAGAUUGGACAUUUUGUCUUCAAAGGCUGCAGCUCAUUGGCAAGCGUGACCAUGCCCAACUCCGUGACUCGCAUUGGAGAUGGUGCAUUUGAAGGUUGCAGCUCAUUGGCAAGCGUGACCAUUCCCGAUUCCGUGACUGGGAUGGGACAUUGUGCCUUCAAAGGCUGUAGCUCAUUGGCAAGCGUGACCAUCCCCAACUCCGUGACUUAUAUCGGAGAACGAGCUUUUGAAGGCUGCAGCUCAUUGGCAAGCGUGACCAUGCCUGACAGCAUGACUGAGAUUGGACAUUUUGUCUUCAAAGGCUGCAGCUCAUUGGCAAGCGUGACCAUGCCCAACUCCGUGACUGGCAUUGGAGAUGGUGCAUUUGAAGGUUGCAGCUCAUUGGCAAGCGUGACCAUUCCCGAUUCCGUGACUUGGAUGGGACAUUGUGCCUUCAAAGGCUGUAGCUCAUUGGCAAGCGUGACCAUCCCCGACUCCGUGACUUAUAUCGGAGAACGAGCUUUUGAAGGCUGCAGCUUAUUGGCAAGCGUGACCAUGCCCGACUGCAUGACUGAGAUUGGACAUUUUGCCUUUAAAGGGUGCAGCGCAUUGGCAAGCGUGAUCAUUCCCAACUCCGUGACUUGGAUUGGCGAUUAUGGCUUCAAAGGCUGCACCUCAUUGCAAAGCGUGACCAUGCCCAACUCCGUGACUGGCAUUGGAGAUGGUGCAUUUGAAGGUUGCAGCUCAUUGGCAAGCGUGACCAUUCCUGAUUCCGUGACUGGGAUGGGACAUUGUGCCUUCAAAGGCUGUAGCUCAUUGGCAAGCGUGACCAUCCCCAACUCCGUGACUUAUAUCGGAGAACGAGCUUUUGAAGGCUGCAGCUCAUCGGCAAGCGUGACCAUUCCCGAUUCCGUGACUGGGAUGGGACAUUGUGCCUUCAAAGGCUGCGGCUAA